AAAUUUGAAAAGCAAAGCAAGGAACAAGCAAAUGCGCUGUUUAUAAAAAUUAAUAUUCUUGAAUAUUUCGAAAUAAACAGACUUCGGGUUUGAGAAAAUUUAGAAAUGUGAAUGAAGUGUUUUGUAAAAAAUUAACUUAAUGUUGACUGAGAAAAGGUUGUUUCAGUUGUUUGAAGAAUGGGCAACUAUGAGACUCAUGAUUUGGCCCCAGUUAGAGAUGAUGAAAGAAAAGAGUUGAAUUUGAGUAGGAGAAUUACAUACAAACAGUAUUGCAAGCAUGUGAGGGGUAUUUUCCAUGAGGGCUGCUUGACUGAGAUUCCUUGGAACAUCAGGGACUCCAUUUCUCUGUAUGAGCGGAUGACAGUUGCCUUCAAUGCCAUCCCUGAGAUCCCCCCAGAAAUGCCCCUCAGGCUGCCCCACCUACACACCAUUGAUCUCAGUCACAAUGUAUUAGAGACAUUACCAGAGAGCUUUGGUUUACAAUUUCAUCUCCGAACAUUGAUCCUACGCAACAAUAGACUGAAAUCUCUACCAGAAUCAUUUGUACAUCUAGUCAAACUAGAAAAAAUAGAUUUAUCUAACAAUUUGCUCAAGGAAUUACCCCAGGAUAUUGGAAAUAUGGAAGCUAUUCAGAAACUAAACGUGAGUGGUAAUAAACUUCGACAGCUUCCUCUGUCGCUUGGUGCUUCCACAACCCUAGUCUUACUAAUGGCUCAACAAAAUCGACUUUAUGAACCACCACAAGCUAUCUGUGAUGAAGGGUCAGAUGUGACCUUAAAUUUUCUACGUAAGCUUUACAAAAACAGUAAACCAGUUCAUGAAAAAAGACCUUUGACCCCAUUGAAUGAGUUUCCUCGAGUCCGAGGGAAUCAGUUACACAGUGCCGUCCCUAACCCUCACUCUGCCAACAUGCAGUACAUCCAAUCUCAGACACACACAACUAACACCCCCAGCCGGAUCAAAACCCCCCUCCUUCCACCUCUAGGAGCCAGCUCUUUGGAAUCGGAUGUUCUGAAAGAUAGAGUUGUAGGUUUGCUGUAUGGUGCAGCUAUUGGUGAUGCUCUGGGGCUUGCCACUCGAGGAAUGAGUAGAGAUGAGUGCUCAUUUUACUAUGACACUGAAGACAUAGAUUACACACAGAUUCUACAAGACAGGCAGCGAGUUCUAUGGCGCCCUGGGGACUGGACAUCAAACUUUGAUUCCAUGUUACUGGUGCUUGACUCUAUCUUGGCUUGGGCUGGAGUAGUGGAUGAACUGGACUUUGCCAAGCGGUUAAAAGAAUGGAGUGAGAAAGGAUACCCUGAGCUGGGGGACACAGAGGGGAUCGUACUAAGUUCUACCAUCAAAAAGUUACUGGUUGAGAGAGACUUCACAGAGAAUCCUCAUUCAGUGGCUACUAGAGUUUACCUCCAAGAACUGGACACCCCAGCAUCAGAACAGAAUGGCUACCUGGUGAGUGAGGAUGAGAGGUCCAGUAUAAGCAGCAUCUCCAGCAGUAUAAGCAGUAUGAGCAGUGACCGCAGUCCUCGUAGUCCUUGUAAGCGUCUACUACACAGCGUCAGCUCCGAGUCCGAAUUUGAUGUGGGGUGUGAUCAGCCUGGAGUGGAUAACGGAGCCAUUGUCAGAACGGCCAUUCUGGGUGUCCCUAAUUUCUUUGAUUUGACUGAGGUACAGAACAAUACACUGAGGAUCACCAAGUCCACCCACCCCAGUCCCCUGUCACAGGCUGCCUGCUGUGUCAUAUCCGUCAUCAUAGCCUGUAUGUUUCAGGGAAAGAAUGAAAUGCAGACAUCCAAAGAAAUAGAGGAAAUCAUAACAAUAGCGCGAGAUCAAGGUAGAAAACUCCUGGUGACCAAUGAGGAGAAGGCUGAUUUUGAAUACUACUGCAGUUUACAGGACCUAGACAGGUUGGAUGUGAAUGAGUAUGGUAAGAUGUCCUAUUGUAUGAAGCCCCUGGGGGCUGCUCUUAUAUGUCUGAGGUCCAGGGAAUCCUUCAAAGAUUGCAUGAUGAGGCUUAUCCUGGCUGCAGGAGAUUCCAACAGCAAUUGCUGUGUAGCUGGGGCCAUCUUGGGGUCAAAGGUCGGAUUCUCUCGCCUUCCAAAACACUGGGUUCAUGGACUAAGAAAGAAACAGACCGCUUGGCUAAAUGUCAAGGUCAACCUAUUGCUAGACAUGAUAGGACUUCCUUGACUUCAUGAGGGACAUAACCUUGUUAUUGCUUUACUCGACCUUCCAUGACACCAUUUUUUUUUACGAAUGGUAUCUUAAUGAUGUUUUUUAUUAUAGUGUGCAAAAUUAGGGAGAUUGUUAUGUACCUUGAGUAUGAUCAAAUGUUUUGACCAUGGAUUUACAAGGGUCAUAUUUCUGUAGUUUAUGACAAGGCUAUAUUAGCCCUUGUUAUGUAGAUGUUUGACCUAUGGCAGGGCAUUGUUGUUAUACACCUGUGUAUAGUAAAUUCAUGUCAUGAAAACUCGAAUUGAAACAAAAAAUUAAUGAAUAGUUAACAUAAUUAGAUUCCACCUUGUAAAGUCAAACACUUGCCAACAGUUUCAAAUAUUUGGAAAAUAAAUUACAUUGACCUAUUCUCCUCUGAAAUAGUUCUUUUUUUGUUAAUGAUCUCAUCGUUUUAUCAUAAAAUAGAUAAAGGUUUGUAUAAUGAAUGGGAAAUGCAAUUUGAACUGUUACAAUACUUGUUCAUGAAUUGAAGUGUUAUAUUAUUCAUAGUCAAAUUAAAGUGAUCUAUAUUAAGACCCCAGGAUCUUGUAAAAAAAAGUUUUUAAUAGUCCUGAUAUGUACAUUUUUUCCGUAUUGGAAUUCAAUCUUAAAGGUUCAUUAACAUAUUGUUAAUUGAGUAUAAUGCUGUACCAUAUGUGCUUCCUUCUGCAAGGUCUAUUGCAAGUAUACAUUUUGUGCUUUUGUGGUUACACAUAAUGUGAUUCUGAUAUUAUUACUAAAUAAUUUUGUUUUCUUAUUACCAGCUAAAUGACUUUAUACAUUUGUUACAUUGAGUUUAGGUUCAAGUUGCAUUGUUAUUUAUACGUAUUAUUUAUUUUCCAUUAUAUAGAAUUUCAGAUACAUGAUUAUGUAGCAUAAUCAAAUAAAAAGUCCUCAAGCCUAAUGAAAUCUAUGUACAAGAAAAGAGACCUUUUUCAAUACGUAAUUAAUAUAUAUUUCGUUUCUUUAUAUCUUUCUAUUUUAUUGCCGGUGAUUUAUUUUUUGAAAUUGAUGAUUUAAUAUUGAUGAUAUAAGACAUCUAUGGAGUGUGUUCAGGCCAUUAGCUGAGAUUUAUUUUUCUAGUUUGAGGAUUAAUAAUAUAAUGAAUUUUAAUGAAUUUUGAAUACCAUUUCCUUCAACACAAAUCCAUUCUGUCAUACUUUUUUUAUC